AUGGAGUUAAGUCCGCAGAACAAGCUGGGCAACAAAUGGUUUAUUGGUAAAGAUGAACGAGACCGCUUUCUGAGACCUGUGGCUUUCUCCGAAGACGACUUUCACCAUAUCAGAGCUUGUAAAGAUGGCUCUGCUGGUCAUCAAUGUCUAGCACUUCUGCGUAAUAUUUCUGAGAGCCUACAAAGAAACAAUGUACUGGUAAGCGAUCGAAUAUCGGUGGAUCAAACUAUAUGGACAUUGAAAAUUUACAAAGACGACCCCUCCAGUUUCCCAAUUACAAAUGUGCCGAUCAAAUGCAAUGUGAUGGCUACCAUGGUGGAUUCUCUCCGAGAAUACGUGAACGAGGGUAUGUCCGAAAGCUCCCUCUCUGGACUCUUAAAGACAUUGGACUACCUUCGCAAAUUGCUAGAAGCAGUGAUCUUCAAAGCUGAGAACCCUGCACUAGCACAGUCCUCUCCAGAUUCACUACAAACAAAGACUAGUGGUUCAUUAUCAUCUAGGGGCAGUAUUCGAAGAAAACCUGCCACAGCUGUCUCGGCUGGAGUACCAAAGUCAAAACCACUGGGAAUCGAUAACCUCGUGAAAUAUCACGAAUACAAGCCCUUAAUCAUCUCUCUGCAUCACAGACUGACCUUCUUGGACCAGUCCAACCAUCAAAACGAUGUCAUCUUCGAUUUUAUUUCGCAGAACGUCUGUAGGUUUAUCCUCGACGACUGCAAACUGCUACUGGCAGACUACAUAGAAAGGAGAAUACUACAGAUAUAG